CUUCGUUCCGAUUUUGGUUUUCGUAGAGAGAGAGAGAGAGAGAGAGAGAAUCCCAGUUUUUUGUUUCUUCCAAAUUGAAGGGAAUCAAAAAAGCAGUGAUGGGUCGCCAAGCCGUCGCGAAGCUGAUCGGCUCGAUCGCGAAGCGCAAUUCUUUAUAUUCUUCCCCUUCUUCUUCAUCGUCUUCUUCUUCUUCCAUACUUUCGUCUGGUUCGGCUGCUCAGAGUCGCCGGCAUUAUGCGGCUGCUCCUCCACCACCGCCGGCGGUGUUCGUUGACAAGAACACUCGCGUCAUUUGCCAAGGAAUUACGGGAAAGAAUGGCACUUUUCACACCGAGCAAGCCAUUGAAUACGGCACCAAAAUGGUUGGUGGUGUAACGCCAAAGAAGGGUGGAACAGAGCACUUGGGACUUCCUGUUUUCAACACCGUUGCUGAAGCAAAAGCUGAAACAAAGGCAAAUGCCUCAGUCAUUUAUGUUCCCCCACCAUUCGCUGCUAAAGCCAUUCUAGAGGCAGUAGAAGCUGAGUUGGAUCUUGUUGUGUGUAUCACUGAGGGGAUCCCACAACAUGAUAUGGUAAAAGUGAAAGCUGCUCUUAACAAGCAAUCUAAAACUCGGCUGAUUGGGCCAAAUUGUCCUGGUAUUAUCAAGCCUGGAGAAUGCAAAAUUGGAAUUAUGCCUGGCUACAUCCAUAAACCUGGUCGUGUGGGAAUUGUUUCUCGUUCUGGGACGUUGACCUAUGAAGCAGUUUUCCAAACUACUGCUGUCGGACUUGGACAAUCUACCUGUGUUGGUAUUGGGGGGGAUCCUUUUAACGGGACAAACUUUGUUGACUGCAUUGAGAGAUUCCUAGUUGAUCCUCAAACGGAAGGAAUCGUUCUUAUAGGUGAGAUAGGUGGCACUGCAGAAGAAGAUGCUGCUGCACUGAUAAAGGAAAGUGGAACUGAGAAGCCUGUUGUUGCAUUUAUUGCUGGCCUAACUGCUCCCCCUGGUCGUCGAAUGGGUCAUGCUGGAGCUAUUGUGUCAGGCGGCAAAGGUACAGCGCAAGGGAAAAUCCAAACCCUAAGGGAAGCUGGGGUAACAGUGGUGGAGUCUCCGGCAAAAAUUGGGACCACCAUUCUUGAUGUAUUCAAGCAGAAGGGCCUUGUUUAAUUAAAGUGCGGCAAAGUAAACUUGAUUGGCAAUCACCCAUUAUUUGAUCUUUGCAAAAUAUGCAACACAGUUUGCAUGCUUCAUGUUAAAUUCCCACACAAAUUAUAAUUGUGGCAGAGCAUUUUGAAGUUUCUCAAUCUCUUUUUUCCACAUAAUUUUGGUAUUUUCUUUCUUAAAAUAAAGAAUUAUAAGUUGAUAUUUACUUUUCCAUACAUGAAAGUUUUUUGUCACUGGUCUUUGGACCUGUGGAUGGUAUUA